GAACUUCAUGCACCACUUACUGUUGUAGCUGAUGGACUUUUCUCCAAGUUUAGAAAAAACUUGAUCUCCAACAAAGUUACUGUUUCAUCCCAUUUUGUUGGUUGUAUUUUGAAGGAUACUCCACAGUUUAAAGUUAAUUAUGCUGAACUUGUUUUAGCUAAAACUAGUCCAGUGCUAAUCUAUCAGAUUUCUUCAACUGAGACUCGGGUCCUUGUUGAUAUUCGAGGGGAAAUGCCAAAAAAUUUAAAAGAAUACAUGAUUGAGAACGUUCAUCCACAACUACCUGAUCACUUAAGGGAACCAUUCUUAAUAGCAGUUCAGAAUGAUCGUCUAAGGACUAUGCCAGCCAGCUUCUUGCCUCCUUCAGCUGUUAACAAAAAAGGUGUUCUUCUUUUAGGAGAUGCAUAUAAUAUAAGACACCCUCUAACUGGUGGAGGAAUGAGUGUUAUUUUAAAUGAUGUUAAGAUAUGGAGAAGCUUGUUCCAGGAUAUUCCAGACCUUUAUGAAGAUUCUGACCUUCUUAAGGCAAAAAGAACAUUUUACUGGUCAAGAAAAAAAUCUCAUUCUUUUGUAGUGAAUGUUCUUGCCCAGGCACUCUAUGAACUCUUCGCUGCCACAGAUGAUUCCUUGCAUCAGCUGAAGAAAGCCUGUUUCCAUUACUUCCGACUGGGUGGAGAAUGCGUCUCAGGUCCUGUUGGAUUGCUGUCUGUGUUAUCUCCUAAGCCAAUGGUACUGAUUGGCCACUUCUUUGCUGUGGCACUAUACGCUGUUUAUUUUUGCUUUAAGUCAGAGUCCUGGAUCACCAUGCCUCGAGCAUUUUUCAGCAGUGGAGCUAUUCUUUACCGGAGUUGUUCUAUAAUAUUUCCACUUAUUUACUCUGAAAUGAAGUAUUUAGUUUAUUAAAAUCCAGGGGGAAAUGCCUGGAGAAAGAAAACAUGAAAGUCACGAUGCCUUCAAAAUCUUUGGACGUGUAUUAUUUAAUAUUGUGUUAUGUUUUCUUCUCCUCAAAAUGCAAUUUCCUUGAUAAGGAUUUGAGUUAAUUUUGGUUUUGUGGUUAUAUGCAUAUAUAUUAUAUGUAAAUAUUAUUUUCUUUGCAAUUAAAGUUCAAAAAGGAGUUAGCUGUUUACAAGGACCAUAAUUAAGUGUUGACAUGUGGUAGAUUAUUGCCAGUUUUGUCAGGAUUUCACUCCUUGCUUUAUCCAUUGCCGAGUGCACCACUAAUAUUAAUAAACUGAAAGGUGAAAACUGUAAACC